GCAUGUAUGGGUCCUAGCCAUCUCUCCUUCUCCCUCCCUCUCUGCACGUCUGCAAGAUUCAAUGCUUCCUUCCACUAAAAUAACCAGCAAAAACUGAUCUGUAAACUUCCUCUGUUUUCACUCUUCGCAAUCUUGCAAUAUAUAUGCCCGCCCACUUCACAAGCUUAACCCCUCACUUACUCCCCAAGAAACAUUCUGCCCGGCUCUUGUUUUCGACCGCUCCCCGGACUUCUGCUGAGAUUCGGCCCUUUCUCGAUCGUUCAUUUAUUGACCGAUUGAUAUGUCCGUGAAGGGAAAUGUUUAGGAGGGAGCAGUUUCAAAUGGGCUUGUCUUCAUCACUUUGACGGUUUCGAAUUUCGAAUUCUUGAUCGACUUAAAGAGUUGAGCAGAGCUCAAGCUUCAGUUUCAGUUCUUCGAUGAAGAAGUCCUCGAAUUCCGACGAGCACUACGAGCUGGGGUACCAGCGUUCGCCUUCUUCGGUGGAUCAGAUAGACCGGUCCGCUGCAGAGACUCCGGUGUACUCGACUCUGAGCACAGACUCCUUUGCGUAUUGCCGGACUAAUUCUGAGUCCUCGGAUUUCUCUGGGCCGUUAGAUGACCGGAGUAUUUCUAGUGAAGCUUCUCCGUCUAGGUGGCCCAGCAUUAAGUCGGGACGCCACAACCCAAUUGUUUUCAGCAAGCUGGGGCUGAAGCAGCUCCAGCAAGAGCCUGAGGAGAAGAUUGUUAGUCUUGAGUCGGUAGACUCAGAGCUCGAGAUGAUGAAAGAGAGAUUCUCAAAGCUGUUGCUGGGCGAGGACAUGUCCGGGAGUGGCAAAGGAGUAUGUACAGCUGUUACGAUCUCAAAUGCAAUCACUAAUCUCUACGCAACUGUGUUUGGGCAUAAUCUGAGGUUAGAGCCUCUGAUGCCAGAGAAGAAGGCUAUGUGGAAAAGAGAAAUGGACUGCCUUCUGUCAGUGUGCGACUAUAUCGUAGAGUUCAUCCCGACAAUACAGACUUUACGUGAUGGCACAACUGUUGAGAUAAUGACGAGCAGACCAAGGUCGGAUAUUUGCAUCAACCUCCCAGCUUUAAAAAAGCUCGACGCAAUGCUCCUGGAAAUAUUGGACAGCUUCCAGGACACAGAGUUCUGGUACGCAGAGCAGGGUAGCAUAUCCUCGAACUCGAACCGCUCGGGAUCGUUCCGAAAAGUUGUUCACCAUAAGGAGGAGAAGUGGUGGCUUCCUGUCCCUUGUGUCCCCACAGAGGGCCUCUCAGAGAGUUCAAGGAAGCAGUUGCAGCAAAAACGCGACUGCGCUAAUCAAAUUCACAAAGCAGCAAUGGCAAUCAACAGCAGUGUGCUCGAUGAGAUGGAUAUUCCUCAUUCAUACAUGGCAUCUCUUCCAAAGUGUGGAAGGACUAGCGUAGGAGACUCCAUCUACCGCUACAUGUCCUCUGGGGACAAAUUUUCUCCAGACAAUCUCCUCGGCUGCCUCAACAUAGCAUCCGAGCAUGAAGCGCUCGAGCUUGCAGACCAUGUAGAGGCCUCAAUGUACACAUGGAGGCGUAAAGCUUGCCUUUACCACUCGAAACCUUCAUGGACAUCGGUGAAAGAAUACAUAAUGGAGACUGGUCGGACUGACAAGAACCACACACUAGCCGAGAGAGCCGAGAGCUUGCUGUUCUGCUUGAAGCAGAGAUUCCCAGAGCUCUCCCAGACGAGCUUGGACACUUGCAAGAUUCAAUACAAUCGGGAUGUGGGGCAGGCGAUUCUGGAGAGCUACUCGAGAGUUCUCGAAGGGCUAGCAUACAACGUUAUGGCUUGGAUCGAGGACGUGCUCUAUGUAGAUAGGAACACAGUGAAUCUUCAAGAAGAGUAGGAACUUUUUAACAAGCUUGCAUCGAGUUCUGGGAAGAUUAAUCUAUAUAUGGUUGCACAUUUUGGUGAAGCAACUUUCUGUAAAGAAGCUUAUUUUUGUAGUACAUAUUAAGGAUUUUCUAAGGGGGAGACACUGCAAACCUCCUCUAACGUGUAAUUUCUAUCUGUUUUCUAUGUAGUUUUUCUGUAUACAGCAGGAACAAAUUUUACCAGAAAAUGAAUAGCUAAUAGGUUAUUAGUUCUCCA